AUGCCGAACCUGAAGAACGCCAGCAUUUCGGAACCAUUUCCAAUCCCUCCGGCCAUCCUCCGGCCGAAGAAGAAGGCCAUCAACUUCGCUGAUGAUCAAGUCGUCGUUCGUGUUGGAACGCCAUCCACCACGUACCGCGUCAACAAGCAGCUCCUGUGCGACUCGUCAGAGUACUUCCGCGCAGCACUCGGACCCAAGUGGACCGAAGGAAAGACGGGAUUGGUCGACAUGCCUGAGGACGAUGCAGAUGCGUUCAAUGUGUACCUGAACUGGGUGCACAAAAGCAAAGUCUUUCUAGAUUUCGAUAGGAUGGAUGACAACGGCGACGACGAACACGCAAUGUGGGAGCUGGGGAUCUUGAUCUACGCGCUCGGAGACAAGCUGCUCGAUCUUGACUUCAAAGAUGCUAUCUCUGACGUAGCUGCCAUCAUGCUGUCGACGGUGGAUGGACUGACCUGGAUGCCAAGGGGACAUGAACACUUGCUCUAUGAGAAGCUGGCUCGCGACUCUAAGCUGAAUCUUCUGUUGACCCAUAAGUACGCGCGCCUCUCCAACAUCGGCGAUGUUAUGGAUGAAAGCUGGCCGGCAGGACUUUUGUUCAACAUCUCUCAAGAGCUGCUUCGUGUUGCGAAAGAGAAGCCUGUGGAAUCAAGCGACAAUGCAGCCGCUCGCUGUGUCUUCCACGAGCAUGCUCCAGGUGCAGAAAAUUGCUAUCGUGCCAAAAGAGGAUACGCUGGCUAG